AUGCCACUUGUCGAUGUGUUGCUUUCGCUUCGGGACUUCUCCUUGGGGCAUUGGUUGGCAUCAAAUGAGGCCUUGGCUGAGCUAGAAGCCAUCCAUGGAAAAGCCUACAAGAACUACACGGAGGAUCACACGAAGCUUUUCCUCACGGUUCAGAACAAGGUGCUUCCAAAGUACGGCUUCCAGACCGGCCAGGCAGGGGUGCUGCAGAUGCUCGCGGCCGCCUCGCGCUUCAACGACGACGAAGAUUUCUGCACCAACCGGGCAGUGUUGAAUGAGCUGAUUGGCAUGGCUCCGCCGAUCGACGAAGAGCUCGAGCAGCUCGAGCGGAAGGGACCCCCGCGGGCGGCUGCUCCCAAACCAGCUUCCCAGCAGCUGUUGGUAACGGAGAGCCUUCGGUGGGCUCCUACGCUUACCACAAGGCACUGGCAGCCCCCAAAGAAUGCCAAGCUCGAGGACUUGCAGCCAACUCCUGGGCAUUAUGGGCAGUAUGCCCUCCAUGAUGACGAGAAUUUUGACGAGUUUCGGGAUAGAGACGGGAUGUGA